AAUCAAGAAUGCAAACGUCUUUCGAAUUGUACUCCGGAAAGUUCGAAAAGGCCCAGAACCCAAAUUGUACAACGUUGCCAUAAGCAAUAUGUUGAUUAUUCCAAAAAUGACAAUUUACCACUUCCAUUUUUUAGCCAUG